AUGUCUGUGGUUCCUGAGGACGACAGCCCCAAUGUUCCAGUCAUCACCUUGCCUUCGAUAUCUGAAGAUGCUGAAGAAGAAGAGGAACAUGAUAAAACAUCUCCCUUGUCCAAAAAUGGUGAUGAUGAGGGUAAUGACAAUGACCCAGUUGGUACUCCCCUUCUUUCCAGGAUUCGAUCUAAAUCCUUGAAACUAUCCAAUGGUGAUUUAAUGUCGAGGUUUGAAUAUCUGACCAGAAGUAUGUUUGGUGGUGACAGAACUGAAAAUUCCACUGCUCAGCAAGAAAGUGCAGCUCCAAAGAAAUUCACCCCAAACCCAAACGCCAUGCGGCGUGCCAAUUCAAUGGGGUCACGACUUCACAAUAGAUACAACAGAAGUCAUAAACUUCGACCAUGUAGAACACUUCCCAGUUUAAAUCAAGCCAAUAAACCAACAGAUGAUUCAAAUCAGUUACAGAAUUUACAAGUUGAAAUGGAAAAUACGAGGACUAGCGUGGACAAUCUUGAACGCAAAAUGGAAACAUUAAGUACUGAAGUGCGGCGCGUCAGUACAAAUAUGGAAAAUUUAUUAAAAGUUUUAAACAAUUCUGGCAGAUUGCUUCUGCCUGAGAGACCAACUCCAACCCCUUCACCUGGGGCACAGGCUCGUGCCAGCUUUACUUUUGAUCAAAUACUCAGUGAAAAUCCGAAUUUACUUGGUUCAGUGACUAGUGUUAAUAGUGACAUCAGUGAUGACAAAUUAGAAGAACAAACGCAGACGACAAUUCCAAAUAUGGUAUUAUCGCCAUGUUGUGCUAACAAUUCGUUAAACUUUCCUCGUGGAUUAACACAGAUGUCUUCAGAGAAACUUCCAGCACACAAACAACCUCCAUCUUUGUACAGUCAACAAAUUUUAUCUCCACAAAAUUUAACGUCACGUCUUUCAGUGCCCCAGUUAGAUUUAGCGCGACCUCCUCGUGGAAACAAACGCCCAAAUAGUUUUCCCCAAUCAAAAUCAGCGAAUGCUUUAGGACAGGAAUUUCCAAACUUUCGAGGUGUUCAAACUACUUUACAGGAAUGUAGUUCUAAUAGUUCUGAACUUCCUGUGGUGUCAUCUGCAGCAACAGAGCAGAAAGACAGUGAAAGAGAGGCUUUUAACGACAUGAGGCGUAAAAGUUACCCUGGAGAUACAAAAGUGAAAAUUGACAUCCCUGACUCACUAAUCGUAACCACGGAAUUGUGA